GGCCCGUAGGUCUUCCCGGUGUGCCUGGGAACAAUGGACGGAGAGGUAAAAAAGGUACAACAGGAUUUCCCGGUCCUAUUGGUAUUAAAGGAGAAGUUGGCAUGGGUGUGCAGGGUCCCCCGGGCAUGCCAGGACCUAUUGGUUACCAAGGUGAUAAUGGUGAUCCAGGACCCCCUGGAUUGGGUGUCAUGGGACAACCAGGACCCCCUGGGCCCCCAGGUGAACCGGGCAGUAAAGGGGAUAAGGGAGACUUGGGCGGCCCUGGCAGAGCGGGCUAUGAUGGUGUUUCAGGUGAUAUUGGAAAACCAGGACAAAAGGGAGACCAUGGCGAGCAUGGUGAAGUUGGUCCAAAGGGGAUGAUUGGUCCAGUGGGUCCGGAAGGAAAGCGUGGCGAAAAGGGCGAUAGAGGACAAAAGGGUGACAGAGGUCAAAAGGGCCAGGAAGGUAUUAUGGGUGAAUCUGGAUUGGAUGGACCAAUGGGACCACCUGGGCAGCCGGGUACCAGCUAUGAUCCAGACACACACAUGAAAAUUGUUACCGUCAAAGGUGAGAAAGGAGACUCAGGCAUGAUGGGAACUCAAGGCAUUCCCGGGGCACCAGGGAGAGAUGGUUUUAACGGCACUGAUGGGUUACCAGGCUUCAAUGGUAUGGAUGGUAAAGACGGCGAUGUGGGACCAACGGGACCAGAAGGAGAGAAGGGUAGUCCAGGCAAGGAGGGAGCCAUGGGUCCUUCGGGCAGAGCAGGCCUCCCUGGGUUACCUGGUGAAAAGGGAGAGAAAGGAGACAUGGGAACGAAUGCUGAGUUGAUGCAGGGACCUCCUGGGCCCGCUGGACCCCAAGGACCUGAAGGUAUUCCUGGACUAAACGGAAUGAAGGGUGAUGCUGGUGAACCUGGCUUGCCUGGACCAAUGGGAAAACCAGGAUUGCCCGGAACACAGGGUCCGCCCGGAUCCAAGGGAGACACUGGCGAUAUCGGACUCCCCGGACAAAGAGGAGUACCUGGAUUAAAUGGAACAGAUGGGCGUGAUGGGAUUCCAGGCCAAAUGGGACCAGAAGGAAGCAAAGGAGAUACAGGUGACCGAGGCUUGCCAGGAACGCUGGGAGAAAAGGGUGAACUAGGAGAAACAGGCAUGAAGGGCGAUGCAGGAUUGCCAGGGGCAACGGGACCUAAGGGAGGUGAGGGUACGAUGGGAUUGACUGGACCGAAAGGCAUUAUGGGAUCUCCUGGUUUACAAGGAGAGAAAGGCAGCGACGGAGAGAUUGGACCAAUCGGAUCGCCUGGUGUGAAAGGUGAUAGGGGAGAUGAUGGGUUACCAGGCGAAGCCGGGUCACCGGGCACACCAGGCCAGCAGGGAAUCAAAGGCACGAUUGGGCCUCCUGGUCCUAUGGGAAGACCAGGAAUAGACGGAGCAAAAGGAGACAAGGGAUCCUUCGGAUUGACUGGUCCUGCUGGUAGCAAUGGAGAGCCUGGGGAACGAGGUGAAGUUGGUCCAAAAGGAGUUAUGGGCCUUGUUGGAGAACCAGGGAAAGUUGGCAGACCAGGACCAAAGGGAGGAAUGGGUAUACCGGGUCCAAAAGGACAAGAGGGUCCACAAGGAAUUCAGGGUGAGGCUGGUCCAACAGGUGUAAAGGGGGAUCAAGGAUUAAAAGGAGAGCAGGGCAGCAAAGGAAAGAAAGGAAGGAAAGGGAUCAAAGGUUAUCCUGGUGAUCCAGGGCCCCCUGGUUUGGACGCGCCGGUCCCCGUGGUGAGUCUACUCAGUGGAUCUGACCUUCAGUGCUGUCCCAAGACCUAAUGACCCAUGGCUGAUAGACAGGGUUCAAAUGGGUUACCGCUACCAGAAUGCUGCUAUUACCAACCUUGAAAGACUUGAAAUUUACAAUCUGACACGUGGACUGGACUCGUUGCCAAGUUACGGACCAUCUGCCACCUGGUACCUGGCACAAGCUGGUUCCCAUUGUGUCAUUUUUAGUACUACACUGUAUGGAUAUGUACAUAUAGCAGAUUUAUAAACAAUAAAAGAAAUUAAAAAAAGAGAGACAAAAAUACUUAUAAUAAAAAAGUUAUAUAUUUUUUAUUGUAUUCUAUUUGGGGAAACAGUGUCUGCAUGAGAAGUGUGUGGGUCAUUGCCAUGGUGACUUAAACAACAUUGGGAAUUUCAAUAAUGAAAUUGCUGCAGUAAGCAAGGAAACAAAUGGAAAAUGUGUGUUCUCAAAGCUGUGAAGUCUACAGGGUGAGUAAAAAAA